AUGUAUUCACCAUUGACAUUCUUACCUCGCUUCUCAGCGCCUGUUACGACCUUCUCGAGACUCUCUUUUGUGCGGCCUCCAGUACGACUUUGCGCUUCAAGAACCAUGGCGACAAAUGGCACCAAUGGGGUCAAUGACUCACGGCCAGUGUUUUUCUUCGAUAUUGACAACUGUUUCUUUGUCAAACAUCUCGACCUUAAUGCCUCUGAUGCCCAUAUGUUACACCAGAAGUACUACAAAGAGUAUGGCCUCGCCAUCGAGGGCCUCACUCGUCACCACAAGAUCGAUCCUCUCGCUUUCAACUACGAAGUUGAUGAUGCGCUUCCACUUGAUACUAUUCUCAAGCCCGAUCCCAAGCUGCGCGAGCUGCUGAAGGACCUGGAUACUACCAAGGUGAAGCCUUGGUUGCUCACGAAUGCCUACGUGAACCACGGAAAACGGGUAGUAAAGUUACUCGGCAUUGAGGACCUUUUCGAAGGUAUCACUUACUGUGAUUAUGGACAAUUGCCGCUGGUCUGUAAACCAAGCCAGGACAUGUACGCCAAAGCGGAGAAGGAAGCUGCCGCCCCUAGUACAGAGUCGUGCUACUUUGUUGAUGACUCGUACCUAAAUUGUGUUCAUGCGCAUGCCCGGGGCUGGACGACAGCCCACCUUGUUGAGCCUGGGGUUCCUAUCCCCUCCAAGCCAGCAUCGAAAUACGUGAUCUCAAGCCUUGAGGAACUCCGUAUUCAUUUCCCACAGGCCUUUAAGCAAAACCAGAGCGGCGAUGCAUAG